AUGCACUCGAAACUCCCAUACUUAGCGCCACUCGUCCUUCUUCUCUCCUCCAGGUCACAUGCCCAGAAUCUAUCCAAUCUCCCCUCCUGCGCACAAAGUCCCGCCCUCUCCGCUAUCGGCUCGACGGGCUGCCAAGCCAACGACUUCGCAUGCCUCUGCAAAGACAACUCCUUCAUCAACGCAGCCCUCGCCGGAGCAGAGAAACAGUGCUCGCAAGCUGAUUUGCAAAAAGUCCUAGCCUUCGCGCAACAGAUCUGCGGUAGCGUGGGCGUGAGCCUCAGCGUUAGUGCCAGUGUAGAGGGAAGUAGUACUCCCUCUCCGAUCACCAACACACGUACACCCACGCCAAUGCCCUCGCCUGUGACUACCAGCACACAAGUAUUGCAAUCUGCGUCCCCAUCGAGGUCUGCGCUCGCAGCGGCUACGACGGCGACGAGUCAGGCGAGCGAUACUGCAACAAGCAAAGUCAGAGGGACUGCGACUUCUGGUGCCAGUGGUUGGGAUGCGAGAUUCGGUUUGCGAGGCAUGAUGUGGAGCGGAGCGGUCGUGGGAUGGUGGUUAUUUGGGGUUGGGGCGUGA